AUGAGCUCCGCACCGACGACUCGCCUCUUGGCGAGAUCCAUCUUCCAGACUGCCGCCCGUCCAUCCCCGAUAGCACGAUGCUCCCCGGCAUUCCUCCGACCCUUCUCUCAGACCCCGAUUCAGCGCGCCGACGAUGCGAAGAAAGGAGGCCAGGAGCUUCUCGCUGCCAUGUACGGCUCCCGCUCCACAGCCUCAACACCGGCACCGACACAGGGAACUAGCUCGCCCAGCCACAACCAGACAAUGCUUCUCCAAACCCUGAACAAGGCCGCCGGCAAGUCGCUAGAUGGCGGUCUCGCCUCAAGCGGCUCAGGCCUCGACGACCUUGUUCCCGAACAGGAGGACCUCUUGGAGCCGUACCACAUGCACAUCUACUCCCACAAGCACAACACGCAUGUGACGGUCACGAAGCCCGACCGUGGCGCCAUCAUCUCCCUGUCGACCGGCAACAUCGGCUUCAAGAAGUCCAAGAGGAAAGGAUACGACGCCGCCUACCAAUUGACGGCAUACGUCCUCGAGAGGUUGAACUACGCUGGAUGGCACAAGAAGAUCAACAAGCUCGAGAUCGUGCUCAGAGGAUUCGGUGUUGGACGUGACGCGGCAGUCAAGGUUCUCAUGGCCCCCGAGGGUAAGCUUUGGAGAAGCAAGGUCAUUCGGGUGGCGGAUUCAACGAGAUUGAAAUUUGGUGGAACGAGGAGCAAGAACCCAAGACGUGUCUAG